AUGGAUCACAUAAAUAAAGACAAUCUACACUAUAUUAAUAAAAAGUUAACAUAAGAAAAUUAAAGAUUAUCUCUACUUGUUUAUGGUUUAUAACGAUAAUUAUAAAAUGCAGCAGUUCAAAUUAAUUAUGUACAGCAACUUGAAGAAUAAUUAGAAUUGCAACAAGUUGAACUUAUUCAAUUAAAGAAGGAUAAUUAAUAAUUAUAAGAGCAAGCAUUUUUGUAAAACGAAUAAUAGAUGAAAAAGGAAUCGCUAUAAAAUUAACUUGAUAAUCAGAAAUCUUAAUAUGAGCAGAAGUUACAAUUUCUAAUUAAAGAAAAUAAAAGAUUAGAAAGGAUUAAUAAAGAGAUAUAAAAUAAAUAAGUUCGAUCUCUUGAAGAAUAGACAUAAAAAUUGACAGAGUUGAGUAGUGAUCUAAAAAAUAAACUGGAAAAUUUCAAUUAAUAAUAAAAUAAUCUUAAUUCAAGUAUAAUAAGCCCAAAAAUUAUAACUAAGAAAAUAUAUGAUAACUUAAUAUAACAAUUAUAAAAUACAGAAGAAAAGUCCUUCCAAAUUACACAGUAUUAAAUUUUGAUUAAUAUAGUGCUAAACGAUUUCCAAUUAUUUAAGUAAAGGAAUUAAAAUAACCACCUUAUAGUUAAAAGAGUUUAGCUAGCAUACCAAUUAUUUCGAGUAUAACAAGUAUAAAAUGA